CGUGCCCAACGAGAAGAUCGCGAUAUGGCUCAAGGACUGCCGAACCCCUUUGGGAGCCUCACUGGAUGAGCAAAGCAGUAGUACACUCAAGGGUGUGCUUGUGAGAAAUGGAGGAAGUUUUGAAGAUGAUUUGUCGCUGGGAGCUGAAGCCAACCAACUCCAUGAAACUGAUGCUCAAAUUGAAAACUGCAGUAAUAUAUUGGCCAAAGAGAGAAGACUGCAGUUUCAUCAGAAAGGGAGAAGUAUGAAUUCCACUGGAUCUGGGAAAAGUAGUGGGACAGUCUCAAGUGUUUCAGAAUUGUUGGAACUGUAUGAGGAAGAUCCUGAAGAAAUUCUUUAUAAUCUUGGAUUUGGACGAGAUGAACCAGAUAUUGCUUCUAAAAUUCCUCCCAGAUUUUUUAGUUCAUCAUCAUUUGCCAGAGGAAUAGAUAUUAAAGUAUUUUUGAGUGCUCAGAUGCAACGGAUGGAAGUAGAAAACCCAAAUUAUGCUUUAACAAGUCGUUUUCGUCAAAUAGAAGUGCUUACUACUGUGGCCAAUGCAUUUUCUUCUUUAUAUUCCCAAGUCUCUGGGACUCCCCUGCAGAGAAUUGGAAGCAUGGCCUCAGUAGCCUCUGGCAAGGAGACAGACUCGCCUCCACCUUUAACCCGAAGUAACACUGCAAAUCGCUUAAUGAAAACACUAUCAAAACUAAACUUAUGUGUUGAUAAAACAGAGAAGGGAGAAGGGAGUACUCCUUCCCCAGCCAUUGAAAAAGGAAAGAUUCUGAAUGCUUCUGUGAGCGAAGAAAGUGGCAGUAAAAAUGACCCAAAGUCUCAAAAAAUUGUAAAGAAGAAAGAUUCAUCUUACAUGUUGGCUACAGUUAAAGAAGAAGUAUCAGUUAGUUCAGCUAUUAUGGAGCAUGCUGACGUUGAUGAUAGACUUUCUGAUGAAGCAAACAGUAAUUUUAACCAAGAAACUGAACGUGAACAAAGUAAAGAAACUCAAAGUCGUGAUGAACUGCGUGAGGAAUCUGGGAUUACAGGAUCUGAUUUAGGCAGCGACUUCAACCGGGCCAGCCACAGUGAGCUGGAAAGGAGCAGCGAAGUGAAGGAUGUCCACGUGUCGACAGCGGAAAAGGAGCCGUGCGCUCCCCUGCCGAUCCCGUCCAUACGAAGCAUAAUGGUACAGCAGAAGGACUCCUUUGAAAUGGAAGAGGUUCAAAGUACGGAGGGAGAAGCUCCUCAUGUUCCAGCCACUUACCAGCUAGGCCUUACUAAAUCGAAAAGAGAUCACCUGUUGCGUACCGCCAGUCAGCAUUCCGAUAGCAGUGGUUUUGCUGAAGACUCAACAGACUGUGUCUCCCUUAACCAUCUCCAGGUUCACGAAUCGUUGCAAGCCAUGGGGAGCAGUGCUGAUAGUUGUGACAGCGAGACAACAGUGACUUCAUUUGGUGAAAACCUCGCCACGCCGACAGCACACGACCAGCCUUAUUUUCAUGAGUCUGAGGAGGAGUCUCUCGGUCCUCUUAAGGGAGGUGGGAAAGUACCAACAGUUGCCGACAGAAGGCCAGACAGCCAGGAUUUCCCCCAGUGCGAGACUGCUGAGGGUACGGGAAGUAAAGAGCCCACCUGCAGCACGGGGGGUCACCUCCCCGAGGCUGCUAAAGGGAAAGAGGGUUCAUCUCCAGCUCAGCCGGAGGAACUGCUGAGGGAAGCGAGCGCUGAAAGUGAUGUGGAGAAAAGCAGUGAAUGUGAGUUUGUGCAGUAUACCACACACCAUAUUCUUAAAUCAUUGGCGUCUAUUGAAGCUAAAUGCAGUGAGAAGGGCUCUGAAGCUAAAACUGGGCUUCCCUCAUCUGUGGACAGAGUUAAUACAGCUUUGCAAAGAGCUCAAAUGAAGAUCUGUGGUCUGUCUAGUCAAAGAGGAGGGCGUAGCUUGAUAAAAUCAAAAGACCUGUUGAAACAGAGGUACUUACUUGCAAAAGCUGGCUACCCUCUAAGAAGGUCUCAGUCUUUACCCACCACCUUAUUGAGCCCAGUAAGGGUUGUGUCCUCUGUCAAUGUUCGAUUGUCCCCAGGAAAAGAGACCAGGUGCAGUCCGCCUUCCUUCACCUACAAGUACACACCUGAAGAGGAACAGAAAUUAGAAAAAGAGGUGGUUGAGCAUGAUGGUCAGUCUGUGGUGAAAUCCACUAUUUUCAUCUCUCCAUCCUCUGGGAAGAAGGAAGACGCCUCUCAGCAGGAGGCGAGCCAGGUGGAGGAGUGUCAUCAUCAAAGGACUCCUGCCUGUUCACUGUAUGCUCCCGCACCUAUAUCUCGGUCCACCUGCUCCCUUCAUUCUCUCCACUCGGAGUGGCAGGACCGGCCCCUGUGUGAGCACAUGAGGACUCUGAGUACUCGCAGUGUCCCCAACAUAUCCGGCGCCACCUGCAGUGCCUUUUCUUCCCCCCUUGGGUGUUCUUACUCACACGGACAUGCUGCCUAUCCUUACCGGGUGGGCUCUGUGAACCCUCCUUCUGCCAUCGAAAUGCAGUUGCGAAGAGUAUUGCAUGAUAUCAGAAACUCGCUGCAGAAUCUUUCACAGUAUCCAAUGAUGAGAGGACCUGAUCUUACUGCUGCUCCAUAUAGUACUCAGAAAUCAUCUGUUCUACCUCUUUAUGAAAACACUUUUCAGGAGCUCCAGGUAAUGAGGCGGAGCCUGAAUUUGUUUAGAACGCAAAUGAUGGACUUAGAAUUGGCGAUGCUGCGUCAGCAAACCAUGGUUUAUCAUCACAUGACAGAGGAGGAAAGGUAUGAAGCUGAUCAGCUCCAGAGUUUGCGAAAUUCAGUCCGGAUGGAACUCGAAGACCUGGAACUGCAGCUGGAGGAGCGCCUGCUGGGCCUGGAGGAGCAGCUCCGCGUCAGGCACAUUCCUUCACCCUUGCGCUCCUCAGCAUUUGUGGGAAUGUGUGGCAGUCGAAGCGCUGACAACUUGUCAUGCCCUUCUCCAUUGAAUGUAAUGGAACCAGUCACUGAACUGAUGCGGGAACAGUCCUACCUGAAGUCUGAAUUGGGCCUGGCACUUGGAGAAAUGGGAUUUGAAAUUCCUCCUGGAGAAAGCUCAGAAUCUGUUUUCUCCCAAGCAACAUCAGAGUCAUCUUCUGCAUGUUCUAGUCCCUUUCAUCCUAGUAGAAGAACUGGAGUACCCGCUAGUGACUCAGCGCGCAAACCUAAGGCCCAUCGGGUACCAACCAAGAAAGUAUUUCGAGCAUCAGUGGCCCUGACGCCAACUGCUCCUUCUAGAACAGGCUCUGUGCAUUCGCCUCCAGAAGUGGAAAGUUCUGAGGAAGUUGGUGCAGCUGAAGAAGCCUCAGAGGCUGUAGGACCUAAAUCUGAAGUGGAAGAAGGGUGUGGAAAAAUCCCAUUAAUGCCAGCUGCUGAGGAAAUGCAUAAAAAUGUGGAGCAAGAUGAGUUGCAGCAAGUCAUACGAGAGGUUGGCAUGGAUCGUAUUAGCUGUGUAAUAUUGGAGUUCAUGAUACACACUGGUGGAGGUAUUAUUUGUGCUUCAGAAGAUACUUGCUGCUGAGCUGGGCUGCUGUACACAGUGUACAAUGUUUAUUUCUUCUAUGCAUAUCUUUUUAAAAAACAUACAUAGAAACUUAGGCACUUUGCUGACUUUAUUUCUCUCCUAAACUGUCAAAACUGUAGCCAUUUGAAAAGCCUAAUAUUUAUUUGUAUGUCAAUAUUUUCCAGUUGAUUCCCUACAUAGAAUUAAUUUUAAAACUUGAAAACUUCCAGACUUAACCAACGUAUGAAUAACAUAUUUCUUUAGACUAGCUUCGUUAAACACUGACCUCCAUGAGGUAUUUACUGUGCAAUAACUGAUUCAUUUUUUGAGAGCUUGAAACAACCAAUGAUUUUCCCUCUACUGCUGUUAAUUAGUGUCACUUCCAAGAAGAAAAUUUGUUCUGUUGUGAAGAUUUCCUCUUAGUUCUUGAGGAAGUUACUAAUAACAGUAGGCUAGAAUUCUCAUAUGAGGUUUCCUGCAACUACUUAAUGUUCUUACACUGUAAGCAUUGUUACUUUACCCGAGACAAAUGUAAUUUUAUUAUAGCUUAUGUAGUAUUUUUCUUUUGGAAAUGUGUCUUAUAUUAAACACUAUGUACUUUUUGCAUUGUCCAGACUUCUUUAUUAUAAGGAGAUGUUUCUUCUGUCUUUUAGACUAAAUAGUAGAGAAUUUCCAAAAUAAUGGGGCCUGUGACUUGAAUGGGUAAAAAUAAAUAAGCUGUUUUUUGGUUUUGUUUUUUUUUCAA